UGAGGGGUCAGCGCUAUCACGAGACACACUUACAUGGAGUCCACGAAUGAUAAAUAUUGCCGUUUCCCAUCAAUAAUGAGGGGAGGAGAGAGGGGAAACCUAAAACUACAUGCUCGAAUUUACCGAUCUGUAGAACCGCCAGAGACAAAAUAUCAUUACACAAUAUCAUUGACAAUGCCUCCCGCCUCCGAGAAAGCGAAGGCGAAACUUGACGCCGUCCUCAACCACCCCGACAGACAUAAUACCUCUGGCAUGACAAACCGCAUUGCUGCCACGCGGUAUCCUUCUGGUGGCAGCGACGUGACCAACGUCGUCAACCGUCGGCCAAGUCAAAGCAGCCAAAGCUCUAAUGGGGCUGGUGGGGGCGGCUUCCGAACCAGGAUGAAGGAUUUCUUUUCUCUCCCAGCUUAUUGACCAAGGGUUUUGAUUGGAUUAGUGGCCUUUUCUUUGUCGACAAAACAAAUUGAUGGACCGAAGCCGGUGGCCACUGUAGUCUGUAGGCAAAUAGUAUUGAGAAGAGAAUUCCGGAAGGAAAUAUCUUGUCUACCAGUAUCAAUGCUAAUGGAUUGAAUCUAUUACAAUCCAAA